GGAGGGAGGGAGAAGGGACGAUACCCGCCACGGGAGAUGGUGUAAACCUUUCGGCUGGGCGAUUAGUGGAAGCGCUGGGCUUUGAACAACCUCCUGGUCCGAAGAGGCGGGUCACAGUCUGGAGUGAAACUCUGAUCGUUUCCUGCUGCCGUCGAUUGGCGAAAGGUCAACAUUGCAAAGGACAGGACUGGCUGGGACAGGACCCGGGAGGGUUGGAGACUCUCCCUCAAAGCUGCUCUGAGGGAUCUGGGAGAGGCGAAGCGAAGCAGCAGCCAGCUCCGGCACACUUAACCGGGACCCGUCCGUCUGCAGCCCCAUUAAACCAGCAGCCCCUCCAGUCAUGUUGCAGAGCUCCCGGUUCAAGCGGUGGCUGGGUUUAGUUCCCGGGAAGAAGCUCUUCGGGGCCUAUCGCUUUCUGCCGUGUUUCUUUGUCCUCGGCGGUGUGCUGGAGUGGAUAAUGAUAAAUGUGCGCAUCGGCCACGAAACGUUUUAUGACGUGUAUCGAAGAAAACGUUCUGAACGGCAGUACCAACAGAAAUUAGAAGAACUGUCCACAUCUGAAAAUCAGCUCCCUUCAAAAUAAGACGUUUUACAUAACUGGCAAAUUUGCAUUAUGAAUGCAUUAAAUUAUUUCCUCUUUAAAAUUGUUAUAUUUCCUGAGAUUUAUGCCUUACUACAUCUUGAAUGCAGCAUUUCAUGAGGUUACUUGUUUUAAAUUUGUGUUUCUCAUCAACUUGGUUUGUAUUGCACCUUGUAUCUUAGGAUAUUUGAAAACCCACUCAUUUAAUUCCUUAAAGUACACACUCUUGACAUAGAACUAUUCAUAGCAGUAGAGAUCAAUGUCAUGAAUCUAUAUUUACUGCUGUUGGAGGAAGAGUGUUGAAGGGGCUAUCAGAAGUGCCUCUCAAAUAAUUUUAUGAUUUUUUUUGUUCCACCAGAAGGGGGAGUAAUUUAAAUAUUUUUUCUCAAACAGAGCACUGGAAUGGAGCUUGAAGGGUCAGCAUUCUAACUCAGAGGAAUGCCACUAACUGAACCACACCGUGCCAAAUAAGGGGGCGUAGGUAUAAGUUUGACAAAUAAAAUAUAUAUGAUGAAUGA